CACACUGCAUUCUAUGAAACCCAUCAUGUCAGCUCGAUACAGUUGUAGGAUGUGCCAGACCGACAGUCACAGUUACCUGUACUGCCCUGAAGUGACAUGUACCGAGUGCCACACUCAAGGUCACCGUCACUAUGUCUGUCCGAAGCUGAACAGUCAAGAGAAGCAGGAGAAGCAGGAGAAGCAGUACCAGGGCCCCUGUUACAACUGUGAAGCCCUGGGUCAUUUCGCUGCAGAUUGCCCAGAACCCCGUCGAAAGAAGACUCCCCAUCGCCUGGACCGCUGUUACAACUGUGGAGCCCUGGGUCAUUUCGCUGCAGAUUGCCCAGAACCCAGUCGAAAGAAAACGUUAGCAACACCGUCCACGUCGACACCCGUGGCAUCCGUGGCAACCGUGACCCCCGUGGCCCCCGUGACACCCGUGACACCCGUGGCACAAGUGCUUCAUCUCAUCGAAGACAUGCAUUCCGAUGUCCUCGACCUAAAAGAAUGUCUCACACAACUCCGGGUAGGCAUCACACCUCGUCUAGAGAAAAGAAAACGGAACAGGUCCCCCUCACGAAAACACGUUUCAAAGCGCCGACGACACCUUCCGUCCGAGGAUGAGAUGGAAGUAGAGGAUGGAGAAGUGAGAUCCUCUGAACAAAGUGACUAACGCAUGGGUCAUGCUGCCCCACUGUUUUUACCCGUUUCCCAUCGUUUGCAGUUUUUCCAGUGUUCCAGUGUUCCUGCC